AGACACCUGUUAUGUGAGAUAGUUGUACGAGUUGUCAGACGACCUGCAUUGGUAAAAAAAAGAGUAUGUCAGACCAGUGGCUUUUCGUUAGGUAACCAGUUGACCACGGAUCCUUCUGUGUCUGUGCCCAAUUUUGUUCUCGUCACAUAGAUCAAUGGCGGGCAAUCCAGUAGCGUACCUCACUCGUAGGGAAAUAUUCAGCGCUUGUCACAGAUUACACAGUCCACAACUUGCAGAUGAAGAAAACCGUGUAACAUACGGGAAAUGCAACAACUUUCACGGGCAUGGCCACAAUUAUGUCGUUGAAGUAACACUCAGGGGUCCUGUUGCUGCAGACACAGGCAUGGUAAUGAACAUCAGUGAUCUCAAGAAGUACAUGAAUGAAGCUAUCAUGGAUGUAAUGGAUCAUAAGAAUCUUGAUAAAGAUGUUCCUUAUUUUAAAGACAUCGUCAGUACAACAGAAAAUGUUGCUAUAUUUAUAUGGAAUAACUUAAAAUCCCUGCUACCUAACCCAGAAAUACUGUAUGAAGUAAAAAUCCAUGAAACUGAAAAAAAUAUUGUUAUGUACAGAGGUGAAUUUGCAUGAAAAUUAUCUCAAAGUAAUACAGUCUUAACUGAAUUGACUGACUGUUAAGUUUCCUGGUGAUCAAGAUGUUCACUGUCAUCUAUUAUCACAGCUGAGAUUGAUUCUUACAAUCCAUAUGGUAUAUUUUAAGAAACAUUGGUGUUUUGAUGACAAUGAUUGACUUUUGAGGCAUUCAGCACUGUUGAGAUAAGAGCCAUUUAUUUUAUUGUAAUGUUAAUAUGACUGUUGUAAUGCAUCCUCAAACAUUUUUGCAACAUUGUCAUUUAUUGUAAUGGCUUCCAAAAUGCAAGAAUAGAACGUGUUUUGUAAUGUUUGGACUUUUUUUACAAAAAAGCAUGCCUUUCAUGUGUGGUGUUCUGUAGUUUAAAUUUUAAUUUCACUUUCUGCUUUAUUUUGCCUCUCUGUCAUAAAGAGUCAUGUAAACAGAUGGCAGUGACUGUUAAACAUGUUUCCUAUUUGUGCAAUUUAUAUAUAGAUUGAAUCUUAAUCUUGUGUAUAUUAAGUACCAGCAUCAUGAAAGGAGUUGUCUUUAUAUUUGAUAAUAAAUAAAUAAAUAAUA